UCUCGGCGGAUUAUAGCACGAGGAGAGAGACGUACCUGCCGAAGAACAAAAGAAAAAAAUCCGCUUCGUUUUUGGGCUCCAUCGUUAAUUAUUCUGGUGAGGAUAACAAAAAUUCAAGAGAAGUUUGCACUUAGUGCACGUACAUUUUUCUAUAAGCUAAGCUCUUGAAAGUAGGAUCGACCAUGGACGUUGAGACAAACGCCUACUCCAAGCCGAAGAGCAAAAACAGCACGUACGAAGACGAAGAGGAGAAGAAACAUUUUCAGCGCAUUGUCUCCGCUUUUAAAUAUUACAAACCUCAUUCUUUACAAAGAGUAAAAAAAACCGAGAAGUAUCUGUUAAGUCUUCCAGCCCAUCAUCAAAAACUAUUAAGUAAUUAUAAAGAUCACUUGAAUCAAGUCAAACAAUGCAUAGAAAAUAAUGAUGAAAUAAUUAAGUUAAUAAUAAAGGAUGUGGCACACAUAUUUGAAAACGUUAGCCCAGCUAGUUCUACAACGGAUAAUACUCUGACCCAUCGUCCAAUAAUGGCUGAUCAGGAAAAAGUUCAAGCCACAAUAAAGCAACUAGUAAGGGAUUGGAGCACAGAAGGGAUAGAGGAACGGAGGACCUGCUACCAACCAAUAAUUGAUGAAAUCAUGAACCAAUAUCCUGUAGAUGAAUGUACACCGGCAGAAAUCCGAAUCCUUGUGCCUGGAGCGGGGCUUGGCAGACUUGCCUAUGAGAUUGCAAGGAGAGGCUAUACGUGCCAAGGAAACGAGUUUUCGUUAUUUAUGCUAUUUGCUUCACACUUUGUGCUAAACAAAUGCCGGGGGGUCAACUCGUACAAAGUUCACCCUUGGGUUCACCAGUACAUGAACAAUUUACGACCAGAGCAUCAAACUCAAGCAGUUUACUUUCCUGACGUGAAUCCGAGUGAUCGUCCAGAAAACGCGCAAUUUUCCAUGGCAGCUGGUGAUUUUCUUGAGGUAUACACGGAAGAAGAACACUGGGAUUGCGUGGCCACAUGCUUUUUCAUUGAUUGUGCCAACAACAUAGUGCAAUUCAUCGAAACCAUUUACAAAAUAUUGAAGCCAGGCGGGACAUGGAUCAAUUUGGGCCCACUUUUAUAUCACUUUAGUGAUAUGCCAAUGGAAGAUUCUAUUGAGCCAAGUCAUAGCGACGUCCUUGAUGUAAUCAAAGGCUUUGGAUUUCAAAUAGAAAAAGAAGAGACACACGUGAAAACUAGAUACGCCCAGAAUGUUAACAGUAUGCUACAGUACGAGUACAACAGCGUGUAUUUUGUUUGUAAAAAGCCUCAGAGGCCAGAUGGUGAACCUAUGAGCCAAAAUGGCGUAGACACUAACGGAAUUUGUAGAGAGGAGCAAGAUUCUAACUAAACGCUCGGUUACAUGUACAUUUGUUAAAAAAAUUUGACGGAUAUGUGUCUCUUACUUUUCGACAUUACAACUUUGAUAGUAUGACUGCGUCCUUUUUGGUCCAAUUUACUUUGAUAACUAUUAUUAUUAUUUAACUCUUUGUCAGUCACUUGAGUCCUCUGUGAUAUUUUCAAUUGAUUCCGCUGGUAAUUAAUUUCAGUAGAAAAAUAUCUAUUGAAGAAUGUUGAACAGGUUUUUAAGUGAGUUUCAUUAUGUAAUUGGAAAAAAAUGUAUGCAUAUAAAAGACUCGAGUUAUUAAAAUUUAACGGAAAUUGUUAAAUGAAAAGAGUUACAUAUUGUUUAAGAAAUCUCAUUUUCUCAAAUUAUCAUCUCUCAAUACGUGAUUCAACGUAGAAAUCGUCUAAAGUACAAAUUGAACUAAAAAAAUUAGCGCUUGAUAUUUUCCUUGAGCCCGACAUGUGAUUUAGCUUAAUCAUUGUUUUUAACAUCUGCAUUAUCGAUCCAAAAAAAUAAAACUACGUUUGAUGCCCAAUGCAGCGUUCAUAAAAACUUAAUCAAAGUAUUCAUAUGUGGUUAAACAAAAAGAACUAAACAUAUCCGCGCUUAAGCGUGAUAUAGAUACAUGCUGAUUGAAAAAGUAUUUAUAACGAAUGAAAAAAUGCGAUAAGUAUGCAAGUCAAUUAUGAAUUCAAAGUAUAAACUAAGAUCUUAUCAGAUAUGGAUUCCUCGAAAAACCGAAAUACAUGAACUUGAGUAUUUCCAAUAACUGGAGGAUGAGUUUAAAAAAUUUUGGAUUUGUGAUCGAUGAUGCAUUUUUGUAAGUAGUGCCUUUUUAUAUGUUCCCACUUUUGCAAAUAUUUUUUUCAUCUCUGUCAGUAGGAAAGAAAUAUUUGUUCUGUUUACAAUUUUGCAUAAGAAAAAUGUAAUUUGAAACAGUUAUGUGAGGGUUAAUUACAACGGCUGUUAUAGUUGAGUCGAACUGCGGUAUUAAAACGAAUUUGAAAAGAGUAGCUUUUCACACAUGUUUUGGAUGUUAAAUCGAAAUGCUUUUUUUCAUUAAAAAAUGGAAAGGUAAUCAUGUUGAGCUUUUGAUGAAAAGUUUUAAAUGAUCGAGUAGGAUCUGCAGUUUGCGCGCAAUAAUUAGUUUGGUAUAUUGAUAAAUUACUUAGAAUAGUAGAAUAGUUAUAACAGGAUAAUAUAAUUUUAUAUUCAAAAUUAUGAGAGCUUUUUAUUCAUA